UGUGUAGCCAAGCUCAAGCUCAUUCCCAGAUUAAGGGCAUCUCCAACGCUUGUAGGUGCGUUGACGAGCACCUACGCGACGGUUAGAACAGUAACAUGGACCAUGCAAAUGUGGCACCAAGCAAAAUGUCAUACCAAUCAUUGGGAGAAAUGACAAAUGGUUUCUCUAAGGAAAGGGAACUUGGUAGAGGCGCAUAUGGAACCGUCUAUUUGGGUGUGAACAAAGAUGGGCAAAAAAUUGCUGUGAAGGUGCUUCGCGAUUUAGAAAAUGCUGAUGAGAUAUUUGAGAAAGAAUAUCACAACCUACAAAGUCUGCAACACCAGAAUAUUGUGCGGUUGGUUGGCUAUUGCAAUUAAACUCGACUAGUAGAAGUGUUGUACAAUGGAAAUAUGGUUCCUGCUUAUUCAAUUCACAGGGCACUUUGCCUUGAGUAUAUGGAAAAUGGAAGCCUUGAAAAGUGUAUUUCUGGUACGAUGCACAUUGUUUUAUUGGUAUAGGUGGUAGAAUUACUAUGAAUCAAUCGUAUAUACUCCCCCAUAUACAAAUUUAGACGGUAUUAUUAUUCUUUAAUUCAAAGUCUUUUAUGUUUGACUAAGUUUGUAGAAAAAAAUCAUUUCUAUAAUACCAAACAGAUGCAUUAUGAAAGUAUAUUCCGGAUGUAUCUAUUGGUAUUGGUUUGAUAUUGCAUACUUUUUGUAUAAACUUGGUCAAACCUGAGAAAUUUUAACUUAGGACAAAAAUGAGAAGUGCAUUUUGGAAUGGAGGGAGUAUUAGUAUGAUAUUGGUUUUAAGGAAGCUAUUUGUUUGUUGCUACAGUUGUAUCUAGUGGACAUGAUUGGCCCACACGUUAUGCAAUAAUUAACGGGAUUUGCAAGGGUUUGCACUACCUUCACGAGGAACUGAAACCUCCUGUUUUUCAUAUGGAUUUAAAGCCAGCGAAUGUACUGCUAGAUGAUGACAUGAUGCCUAGAAUUUCUGAUUUCGGAAUCUCGAGACUAGUGGGAGAAAAACGAACAUGGGAAACUAAAUAUUGGAAAGGAACAUUGGGGUACUUACCACGAGAAUAUAUAGACCAUUGUCUAAUUUCGAAUAAGGUGGACAUAUUCAGCUUGGGUGUUAUGAUUCUACAGAUAAUGGCAGGACCUAAGGGCUACUCGCAAAGUUGUGACAUAUCCCCAAGCGAAAAAUUCAUUGAGCUUCUAGUUGGAAAAUGGAGGAAUAGGCUACAGGCAACACCAAUGGGUGCGUUGGAGUCCAUCUGCCAGCAAGUCAGGACAUGCAUUAUGCUAGCUUUACAAUGUGUGGACCCUGAUCGGCACAAGAGGCCGGUGAUAGGGUCCAUUUGUUUUUCGCUAGCAUAUACAGGGGCGAUAUGGACCCCUAGUUAUUAUACUAUCGGUGAAGUGGUGGACGACAACAAGUUGGAUAAAAUGGUAAGGUACACGGGCAAACCUAAGACGCAGGUAGACCGAGCACGAGAGGCCUUGAACCUAGUGCACGAGGAAAAUAAGGAGAUCUUGGCUUUUAGGACAUUGGCCCGUAUUGUACCAUUUUCCAAAACGGGUACGCACUGCCUCAUCUAUAACGCGACCGGUGAUAACCUCCACUAUGUCGACAACCACGACUGGCACGGUCACAUUGUUGACGAUACGUCGUACCCACGAGUUAUCGGCAAUGGACAAUGGGCCAUCAUCCAUCAUGAGUACUCAUUUUCUAAAGGUUCAACUGCUUGCGUGGUAUACCGUGGCAAGAUCAAAGAUGGUCAGUACAAGGAUUACCUGCUUGCCUGGACCGCUCAGAUCCGCCCGUUUACGAGCAACAAGUCUUAUUGCGAGAUUGGUGGUGUCGACUACUUCCAAACACGCUGGGAUGAUACAUACAAUAAAAUGAAGGGGUCUGAUAAUUCUUCGACUGCCAAGUUCGAUAGACACGAGAUUGACACAAUAAUUUGCCAAGAUCGUUAUCUCCCCAAGUUUAUCGCAAUAAUCUCGCUGAUGACCCAUCUCGGCGGAAAAGCGACGUCUACGGUGCCAUGGGACAACUGCGGUGGCUUAAUGAAUUUUAUUGUCAUGGAUGAUGAUCUCGUACCAGAACAGCGGUGACAUUGUAUGCUUCUUGUUAUGCAUCCUAUAUAUUGUAAUUCAUCUCAGACAUUCAUGAAUCUUCAUUUUGACUCUUGAGUUGCA